UACUCUGAUGAACUUUCUACCCAUCACUCAAUUCUUAAACCACUGCUCUCAAACAAGAAAUCUGAAGGCCCUUAAGAAAUUUCAUGCACAUUUGCUCAGAACAGGUAUACUUUUUUUCUCACCCAAUCUUCAGACCAAGGUCAUCUUCACAUACACUUCGUGCCUUAACACAAACAGCACUCAAACAUUAACCAACUUGUUCAAGUUCCUUAACCCCAGAAACCCAUUGCCCUUUAAUUCAAUUGUCUCCCAUUUCUCUCAAAAUGGGUGCCAUUCUCUUGCUCUCCAUGCCUUCUCUUUCAUGCAUUUUAAUGGCGUUCAUGUAGACUCGUAUGCCUUGUGCAGCGCUUUAAAGUCAUCUUCUUGUGAUAAUAAUCUGAGGUUUGGUAAAAAUAUUCACGCCCAUGUUAAAAAAUCAGGGUGGUUUUGUAGCGUCUUUGUGGCCAGUGCUUUGAUUGAUCUAUACGGGAAAAUGUUGUUCACUGUCGAUGCGGCAAUGGUGUUUGAUGAAAUUCGUGUGAAGAAUACUGUUUGUGUGAAUGCACUUUUAUCAGGUUAUGCUGAAGCUAAGAUGUGGAGUGAGGGAGUCGAAUUGGUUAGGCAAAUGCCAGCGUUCUACUUAGAUUGUGACAAUUUCACAUUUUCUGCUGCUUUGCGGGCUUGUGCAGGGCUAUCUGCGACGGGAUUGGGCAGGCAGAUUCAUGCAAGUGUUAUACGUAAGGUUUUAAAUGUUGGGGAUGACGUCUUUCUGCAGAGUUUGUUAAUUGAAAUGUAUGGCAAGUGUGGGCUAGUAGAGAAGGCUAAACGCAUAUUUAGUAUGGCAGGAUUCAGACAAGAAGGGAAGAGAAAGAGAGAUGUUGUGUUGUGGACUUCACUGCUAGGAGUUUACGGAAAACAUGGCCAUUACAAAGAAGUGAUUAUGUUGUUCAGAGACAUGUUGAUCAACGGAAUUAGGCCCGAUGGAGUGGCCUUCUUAGCUGUCAUUUCCGCUUGUGGUCAUACAGGUCAAGUGGAUCUUGCGUUCAAAUAUUUUGCAUCCAUGGCUCGCGACUUUGGAUUAAAACAAAGCCCAGAGCAUUAUAGCUGUUUGGUUGAUGCGCUGUGUCGGGCUGGUGAGCUGGAGAAGGCAUGGAAGUUGAUAAAUGGGAUGCCUUGCGAAGGAAAUAGCAGAUACACGGUUUCAAUGUGGGGGACCUUGCUAAAUGCCUGCAGUGAGUGUGGGAAUGUUGAUUUGGGUAAAUUGGCUGGUCAAAGGGCACUUGAGUUGGAGCCUCAUAAUACUGGAAUCUAUGUCUUACUAUCUAACAUGUAUGCCAGCAAUGGUAUGUGGGACGAAAUUGGACAGUUGAGGGAGUCGAUGAAAGGGAGAAAACUAAAGAAAGAUAUUGGAUGCAGUUGGAUAGAUGUUGGUAGAUGACUUGGGGAUAAAUCAGGUCUGAAUACUAAUUCACUUAAAAUUUCUCAGUCACAUGGAAUGUUGCUGAAGAAAGUACCAGACUACAAACUGGGAGGAUGCAUUGUUGCAGAUGAUCAAAUGACUGUGACCAAGUUACUUACAGGAAAGCUUUUGGAGAUCAAUCUCUUGCUCAGCAUUUCGUAAGCACACUCCUCUCGCAAUUGACCAAAGGGUUUACAGCACAAAACGUCGACGUUUCGAUUUCAAACAUGCCCCGAUGCCCUGCACGACCUUUUUCA